AUGCCUCCUCGACCAAGUACCAACAUAUCGUCUGCCUUCGCCAGACUCUCCCUCUCAAGGGGCCUUCAGACCACCGCUCCUCUUCCACCACCAACAACUCCGCUCCCACCUUCCGACAUCCCCUCUUCUUCUUCUUCAACUUCAUCAGCUUUAUCCCAUCUACCACCUAUCCUCCCUUCUUCCUCAUCUUCAACAACUCAACCAAACUCCACAUCCGAGGCUAUAUCACUCAUAUCAUCUCAAUCAACUUCAUCGUCCGGUAGAUACGUUAUAGCCCGUCUCUAUUCACGUAACUACCUCUUACAUCCUAAGGAUAUCUUAACUCUUCCUCAACUUAAACCCAUCCAAGCUCCAGGUAGUACUUUAUCCCUCACAAAGGUGUUAGAAGUAGGUUCGAGGGAUUAUGCAUUAAGGAGUCAGGCGUCCAACGCAGCGAUACUGAAGAGAUCAAUGGAUUGGAAAUCCAAAAGAUUAAGUAGCUUCGAAGGUAUACCUGAAGGUGUGGUAGAUUGUAAUCUUACGAUAUUAGAACAUACCAAAUCACCUUUGGAGAGGAUAUUGAAGAAAAAGAGAAGGAAGGGAUACAAGAAGACGAUUGAACAUAAACAGGGUUAUACCAGGUUGAGAGUUGGGGAUAUACUGUUGAAAGGAGAGAAAGAGAUAUAA